CGAGCUUGUUUACUUCUCGAGAAAUGUUAUAGCAUGUAAUAGACUGUGUAUUACCUAUGGUUUUUAAUUGAUUUUAAGCUUAUUGUGGAGUUUUUAUUCAUGAGGAUACGAUAUUAUGGAACUUAAACACGUUAAAAAUUGAUUGUUAUGGAUGAAUUAAAGAAACAACGCAAUCGAUAUGGCUUUUUCAUUGGAUUUUAUACUCAACCGACAGCCUAAACAAUACGGCGAAGGUUCAAGGCUAAGUUCUUCUAAAUGUGAACAAACAACGGUGGAUUUACGAUAAAUUCUCUUGUAAAGUGUUAUACUACAUGUGCUUUUAGUGAUUUAAAAUGUGAUUUUUAAAGGUUUCCCGAAGUUUUAAACCCGAUAUACUUUUCCUUAUGUAUUUGAAUGGACGGUGUAUAUAGAUAAUACAGUCGCUGUUUGUUUAUGACCAGACAUGGGAUAUUUAUAGUUUUGCUACGCACCGCGACCAGGGGUCUCGUUCGGAUAUUUUUCUCAAGACCAUUUAUUGUUUCUGUCCACUUGUGUUUUUGACAUAAUUAAUAUAAAAGACAUUAUUUUUGCAAACAGAAUAGGGUUUCAACAAUACACAGUCUAUUAUACUAGCAUUUCAUAAAAAAGGAGUUCGCCAACACUCCCUCUGCACACAUGACCAUACAAUUUUAUUUGAGCAUAUAAUGAGCUAAAAAUUACUAUGGUAAAACUCCAGCAAUCAGCAUGUGUCUUGCUGUUGGUCAUUCUGUGUCAGAGUGUGGCAAAGUAUGCAAAUCUGGACAGGAAAACCACGAAGUACCCCAACCCAAAUGGGAAAGGUAUGAUCUGCGAAGAUGUUGAUAUCCGUAAUGAUGUGAAUGCAUUUGCUGAACUAGAAAAUUGUACAGUAAUAGAGGGAAACCUGAAAAUUCUCCUAAUUGAAGGGGCAUCUCAUCAACAGUAUGAAAAUCUCUACUUUCCGGAUUUGGUUGAAAUCACCGAUUUCUUCCUUCUUUAUCGAGUGUAUGGAUUAAAAAGUCUCAGGCACAUUUUCCCCAACUUAUCUAUCAUCCGUGGUCACAAACUGUUCUUCAACUUCGCCUUGGUGGUGUUCGAAUUGAUGGACUUAGAAGAGUUGGGUUUGAUUGGUCUGACAACCAUCGAACGUGGUGCUGUCCGGUUUGAAAAGAAUCCGCAGUUAUGUUACAUUGACACCAUCGAUUGGACCAAAAUUGCAGUAGGGGUGCAAGGAAUGAGCGAGCACUAUUUCAAGCAGAACAGGAUUGCCAAAGAGUGCGUGGAUGUGUGUCCAAGUGACUGUGCCAGUACUCCGGUCAUCGCACCAACAGGGGAGGUCAGCAAGGAAGUCAAAAAACGAUGCUGGACUAAAUCCUACUGCCAAAAAAUUCUCACAUGUGAAGGCCUGAACCGUCCCUGUCAGAGUGGGGUAUGUGACAAUGGUAAAUGCUGCCACCCCAACUGUAUCGGAGGCUGUACUGGGGAGACAGACCGCGACUGUAAAGUCUGCAAAAACGUCGUCAGCAUGAUCAACAACCAGGCCAUCUGCCAGAAGCAGUGUUUACCAGGAACCUAUACACUGCGAAGAAGAAGAUGUCUUCUAGAGUAUGAGUGCACAGAUGUCAUCCAUUACAAACUGGUCAAGAACAACCAGACGGGGCUCCCUGGGGACUGCGUGGACAAAUGUCUUGCAGGGUACCUCGAGUCCGCGGACGGACGUACCUGUAACAAGUGUGCAGACAAGUGUCCAAAAAGUUGCAAUGGAAAGAAGCUUGAAACUGCUGCCCAGUCACAAGACAUGUUUGGCUGUACCAUCAUUGUCAAUCAUCUGGAAAUCAGAAUUACUAGAGGAAGCAAUGUGGCCCAGGAGUUAGAAAGAAACCUUGGUCAAAUUGAGGAAGUUCAAGGAUAUAUCUGGAUUCAUCACUCCAACACUCUCCUAUCUCUGGGCUUCUUCAAAAAUCUGCGCAAAAUCCACGGCAAAAACAGCAACUCAAAUAAUUUCUCUCUACUUGUCCAUGACAACAUGAACCUACAGGAACUGUUCCCAGAAAACGUCCAGAACAACCUGGAAAUUUUGAAUGGCAACAUGUUCUUCCACUACAAUCGCAAACUCUGUUACAACAAGAUCAAAAGUUUUGAGAGCAAGGUUAAGAUGGAUAACAAGAGCAAGAAUGAUAUUUCUGAUAGUUCAAAUGGAGACCAAAUGCCAUGCACAGUGACGACCCUGAAUCUGACUGUAGUUAAGAUUGCCGCACGGAUUGCUUUUCUUCGUUGGGAUAACUUCAAAUCCUCCGACCCUCGUCAAUUGCUAAGCUAUGUUAUCAGCUGGAAAGAGGCGCCAUUUAAAAAUCUUUCAAUCUAUGAAGGCAGAGAUGCUUGCGAUAACGAUGUAUGGUAUACAAAAGAUAUUCUGAACAAAAUGGACAAAGAUGAGGAUUAUGCGACGGCCCUGCUGCUGAAUCUAAAACCCUGGACGCAGUAUGCAGUUUACGUACAAACCUAUACCACUUCGUCUGCCAAAUAUGGAGCCAUCAGCAGUAUUGUCUACUUCACAACUCUUCCCUACUACCCUACUAUACCAGACAAGUUACGAGUGAAGGCGUUGGCCCCAGGGACACUGAAAAUCAUGUGGAACCCCCCUGCCAACCCUCACGGCAAUGUUACACAUUAUGAGUUGUAUUGGAGAAAGCGCCCACUAGUGCAUGAAAAAUUCAAUGAAAGAGACUACUGCUCAGAACCACUAGACACUCUUCUUGACCAAUCGGACGAUUUGUAUGAUGAGGAGGACAAAAUGGAUACAUCGCGUGAUCUAGAUCUAUCUAACAAUAAGACCAUUCAGGGCGAGUGUACCUGCCCAAAGACCCUCGAAGAAGAGGAAGAGGAGAGGAAGGAGAGAGAGAUGCAGAUAGCGUUUGAGAACUUCUUACAUAACUAUGUCUAUCUCAAAAGGCACAAACAAGAUCGGACAGAUUACGGUCCCCCCAAACCGUUGCCGGAUUUACCCACAGAUUUGCCCACAACAUCAAUGGACAGCAAAAGAGCAGAGACGCUGUUUAAAAAGAAUCGCCGCAAAUUCUCCAAUAUCACUCUUCCCACCAAUCUACCGCUGAAGCCAAACCCAACGCUACGGAGACAAAGGGCGCGGAGGUACAGUCGCGAGGCGUCAUUACCGUACAACGCCUCCGCUGUGAACGGACUGAAGAUCAACUUGAGUGAUUCUGAAGAGAACGACACCGAUGUUGUCAAUGAAACAGAGAAAGACCUCCCUUUCAACAAAGUCAUAGUUCAGACGCCGGUGCAGAAGAACGACAUGAGUUACAUUAUCAGUAACCUGGGCCACUUUCAGGACUACAGAAUCGAGGUGAUAGCAUGUCAGGAGCGAGACCCGCGGGAUCCAGCCAAAAUGAAGCUGUGCAGCAUCCGUGCUAUUUCACUUGGUCGAACCCUACCUGACAAAAAUGCGGAUAACAUUGAUCCAAAAACUAUUAAAAUUUACAAAAUGAGCAACAAGACAGGGGAGGUGAUCGUGUAUUGGGAAGAACCUAAGGAACCCAAUGGUCUUAUCUUAAGCUACGAUAUCCAGUACAGCAAAGUUAUGAAAGAUGUGAAACCGAAUACCCUGUGUGUACCUCAUCUGAAGUACAAGAAGAUAGGCGGCUACAAACUCCAGAAGUUGGAUCCAGGGAACUACUCCGUACAGAUCCGGGCCAUCUCCCUGGCCUUCACAACCAACUACACGGAGCCCAGAUACUUUGUUGUGUCUGCCCCAACGACCACUGCCCAUUGGCCACCUGAGACCAUCAUUGCUGUCACAGUAUCGGGGGUCCUCCUCCUAAUCCUCAUUGUGGUCAUCGGCGUGUGGUUCAUCGCCCGCAGCAGAUUCAAGAAAAUUCCUGACAGACCCGACUUCACCUCUAUCAACCCUGAUUACGAGCAUUACAAUCCUGAUGAGUGGGAAGUGGAGCGUGACAAGAUUCAACUCAUCCGUGAACUAGGUCAAGGGUCAUUUGGUAUGGUGUAUGAAGGGGUUGCUAGGGACCUGUAUGGUAAAGGAGGGGAGAUAAAAGUGGCAGUCAAGACUGUAAAUGAACAUGCAACAUACAGAGAAAGAAUGGAGUUCCUUAGUGAGGCAUCCAGAAUGAAGGCCUUUUCCUGUAACCAUGUGGUACGGUUGCUAGGGGUGGUCUCCGACGGACAGCCAGCUCUGCUCAUUAUGGAGCUGAUGGAGAAAGGCGAUCUCAAAAACUUUCUCAGGAUGCAUAGACCGGUGGAAGAUGACAUUGAUUCUACUUUUGCUGGAAUAAAGGAACAUAUUAGUCGAACUCCUCCAACCAUUAAAAGAAUUAUUCAAAUGGCAGGGGAAAUAGCUGAUGGCAUGGCAUAUUUAGCCGACAAAAAGUUUGUUCACAGGGAUUUAGCAGCAAGAAAUUGUAUGGUUGCUGAAGAUCUUACUGUCAAAAUUGCUGAUUUUGGCAUGACAAGAGACAUAUAUGAGACAGAUUACUACAGAAAGGGAGGUAAGGCAUUGUUACCGGUGAGAUGGAUGGCUCCUGAGUCCCUGAAGGACGGUAUAUUCACCAGUCUGUCAGACGUAUGGUCGUAUGGUGUGGUGUUAUGGGAGAUGGCUACCCUAGCCGCCCAGCCCUACCAGGGACUGUCCAAUGAGGAGGUCCUGAGAUACGUGUUAAACGGUCGGGUCAUGGAGAAACCCGAGGACUGUCCAGACAGACUGUUUGAGUUAAUGCAAAAAUGUUGGCGCUACAGACCAAAACAAAGACCAACCUUCAAGGAGAUUCUAGAGGAGUUGGUGCCAGAGCUGGACCCAUCGUUCGCUAACAAGUCAUACUUUUUCAGUGAUGAAAAUAAACAAGACUCGCUUGAGUACAUUGAGGAGGGUGAUGAGGAUAUGGACGAGUCAAAAACUCCUUUUAUUCAAAAUGAGGAUGAAUGUGACAUGAAAGGGGCAGAGGGGGGCGUGGAGCUCCCAGACCAAGAUAUUGAUGACGAUAUAGACCUCGGGGAGGAUUACUACCCUCCCGGCUAUCAGGAAGCACAGCAUUCGUAUCAGAACGGGGAGUUGUUCCCCGAGCUGAGGAUUGAUAAAGUGAAUAAUGUGUUGUAUUCUCGUUCACAAGCGGACAAGCUGAUGCUGAAUGGCACCGAGCCUUGUGACUGCAUUCUCACGCAGGAGCCGAACCCCGAUUCUCACCCGGAUCAGCGGUUCAGUUCUUGUUCCAAUCCCUACAGUGCAAUAGGUUCAAGUGACGAUAGCAAGGACAGCUCAAAAAGUUCCAGUAGCAGUUACGCUCAAAUGAACGGCGUCCAUAUUGCGAACGGACAUAUUGCCAUGCAUCACUUAAAAACGACAAAAUGCUAGCGUUAUAUUUUCCUCAUUUCUUUCCCCCCUUCAUAGUCAUGUCUUAAGAUAGAUGUUAUUGUGAUCUCAUUUUUACCAUAUGUCAUUGUUUUCCAUCAUCUGAACUGUCAAUUUUAUGAAAAAAUUUUCCAUGUGUGUUGACAGUAGUCAACUCAUCAGACUUGGUCAAAAUAGGAAAUACGUUGGAUUCAUGUUUUCCAACUUUGUGGUUUUCUUUUUUUUGUCAGGUGAGAAUGCUAUGGGGCGUGGGUUGAAACAUGUUGAAUGUAUGAUUACAUUGAGCUCUGUUGAAUAUCUCAGUCCCAUGUUGAUGACAGAUCUUUGAUGUUUUUUGAGAUUAAUUUUAUGAACUGAUUUUAUUUUUACCAAUUAGUAUAAUGUUGAAGGUUUAUUCAUGUGACAAUAGGUUUUUAACAACAAUAUAUACAUAAGGCAGAUAUAUUUAUAACUUUUUUGUCUUGCAGAGAGACUUUUUCUCUUUGAAUAGACAAGCAAUAAGGCAUAGUUUACUUUUGAGAUGGACUUUUUUUUCUUUUAAAUAAGAUUUUUAAAAAAGCAACGCUAUUAAGGUUGAACUUUAUCCUCUGUGUAUCAUGGUGUCAUUACAGUUUUAAGGUUUUAACAAAUACCUGAAUACAAAUGAUCAAAACUAAGAUAAAUACCAUUGAUAAUUAGUAGAGAGUACUAAAGACACGAAAACAACACUAGAAUAUUAGUAAUUGAUACUCAGCAUGUUUUAUAAUAUACACUAGUGGUAAGCUGUCAUUUUCUGUCCAUCAGAAUCUUAUAAACAAUACCCACCCCUCUUCUCCAUAUGAAAACUAGUCCAGUUGUAAAAUGAACCUAUUAUCAGCUGUCAACAGAAGCAAAGAUGAUACAUUCUAGUCGUAACCAUGCACUAAGAAAAAUAAGAAUAUUGUUGAUGAACUUUGACCUUUGACUUUAUUAUCCGUAAGAUCUCUGAUAUUUAAAAUCAAAAAAUAGAAUAGUGAAACUUAUAGUUUAUUGAUGUAUGAAACAUGACAAAUAUUUAUAGAUAAGCUCAGAGGAAACAUUCUGUGUAGUGCAGUACUUGAAUAGUGAAAUUGAAUGAUGAAAUAUUUAAACUUACAGAAAACACCUUGUAGACUUUUAUUUAUCAUUGAAGGCAGAAUCUACCGAAUAUUAAACCUUAAGGCUGCCCUCAGAAUCUAUCAUUGUUUUAUAGCAUCUCUUUUGAUAUCCAGUGAUCUAGCAGAGAAAUUCAUGUGAGCUCAUUUUGACGUAGGAUUUUAAUUUGAUCUUGCAUUUCAAGCAUUAUUUACUAAUUUUUAGAAUUUCCUCCCUUUAUGCCAAUUUAAAAAAGAUUUUUUCUUGUGAGAUUUUUGUUGAAAAUCUCUACAUAACAAUGUUAGUAUAUUUAGUGCCAAGUGUGCUGCAUUACACAGAUGUUUCCUAUCCAAGACAAGAGAUGGUCUACCAUCUCCCCUUCAGUUAGGAACACGGUCUGGUUUGGACUAAGCAACAUUCCUUCACAUUAUUCUCAGUACAGGUCCUGCCCACCUCAUACAUGUACAUUGCAGAGUUCAAGGUUUUGAUAUUGACUGAGUGUAUACAGAGCAGUGUGAUAGAAGAGGCGAAAUGUGUCCAAACGAAUAAAAGCAUAUUUAUGAAAUUAUUUAAUAUGGCAUUUGUGAUUCACUGGUUGGUUGUUAAUCAUUUGGAAAACAGGAGAGACAAAAAGAUUGUGUAUGAUACUUUGUUGAAUGGUUUUUAAUGACCUUAGGAAGAGUAAAGAAAUUUUUUGUUUGUUUUUCAAAUGUAUUCUUUGAAAUCAAUGCAGAUCCGUUUUGACAUUUUUUUCCCCACUGGCAUUUAUUGUUACAUAUCUUACAUGAAAUCAUGCAGAUAUACAAGGAGACCAAAAUUAGUGAGUGAUUACAUCAUGUCUAUUUAUAUCUGUCAUUAUUAUGUAGAAGUAACCUCUCGCUCUCUCUGGGUUUGUCCGUACCUCGGUCCUUCAUCUGCAAACCUCUCUCGCUGCUCAUCAAUUAUUGGUGGCAGAUUGUUGAACUUCUAGCCAAUCAAAAACUGCUAUGAAAAAAUGGAGAGGUGGUUGGGGGGUCAAUCACUGCCAAGCAAUUAAUGGACAGAGAAGGUGAUGUGUAAUGGGGUAUUCCAUGCAUUAGAAAUUAAAUGCACUUUGUGAACACGUAAUCAUUUACCAGAUUCAAAUUUUUUUUAUUUAUUUAAAUUGUUCUCAUUGUUUUAAGUGAUUCUUCCUAUUUCUAAAUUAUUUUAGAAUAAUGCUAUAGAAACACAGAGUUCAGAUAUGGUUCAAGAUAAAAUAAAGACAUUCUUUUUAAAACUUCAUUUAAAACUAAGCCUACAGCAGAUGAAGGGCACACAUUGUGUUGAUCAUAAGAGACAUGCCUGUAUUAUUUUAUGUUUCUACCUCUUCUCGUACACAUAUAUUUAUUGUUGUCAUACGGACUAAUGCAUUUCACUUCCAAAUAGGUUGUCUUUGGAAUUUUUUAAGUUAACAAAACAUCAGUCAUUUCAACAACAUGAAAUCUUGGGGAUUUUUUUAUUUGAAGAUGGGUUGUUAAGAAAAAUGAAGGCAUUCAAUAAUUUAUGUUUUAAAAGGGAACAAUUUUUGCUUACUUUUAUUCUUUUAAUUUUUUACUGAAUUGGUUAGAUAUUUUCACAAUUUUAUAAUUGUAUUUAAAUAAGGUAUUCAUUUUCAAUUUACCAGGUAUUUUAUGCAUUACACAGAAACUGAUAGUCAAUAAAGUGUUGCUAUAUGGAAUAGAAAUUGUACAUGUACUUGCAUGCUAUAAAAAUCAUUUAUAGAAAAGAACUUUUAAGAUAUUAAACAAAAUCAAUACUUGGAGAAAAAUUUCCUGUACCACUUUUGUGUUUACUAUUAUAUUUAGGGAAACCAAAUUUUUAUUACACAAUUUUCAGGCAGUUUCAUACUAGACAGGAUUUUAUAUACAAUUUACAUCCAUAUUUAAAUGUUUCUUGAAUGAUUCAGCAACUGAUGACAUUGUUGUCAGUACUGAAAAUAUGUGUACAUUUUUAUUCAUACAAAUACUAUGUUAUGUGAGAUUUGAUGAAUGACUGGAUAUAUAUGUAUUGACGAGAAGUAAAUGUGUUUGGUGUGGAUGUGGUGAAUGUGAAACAGAAGCUGUCAUAUUCUAGUUCUUCUGUAUUCAAAAAUAAAAUUCGAAGUACAAAAUUUGAUAUAAGUUGUAAAUUUAUUUAUUUUCUUUCCCAUCUUUUAUUGGUUUUGGAAGCAGUACUGAUCAGAGAUUAUCAAAGAUUCCAUUAAUUUAUUAUUUUAAAAAUCUUUUUUUCAAUUUUUUUUUUAAUUUUAUGAAAUAUAAUUUAUUUCAAAUGAUAUUUUGUUAACAGUGAUAAAUGUUUUGGAGUAAAUCUGCUAAGAAUGUGUUUCUGGAAGCCUAGAAGUAUGCUGGUCUGAUUCAGUGCUGUAUAUACAGAUGAGUAUUUAUUUAAAACGGAAUCAGCUCUGUGGUUCAAUUUAUACUGUUGUCUGUUGAUCACAUGACCAUAUAGUCGUUCAUUUGAUUCAAGUGGCAUUGUCAUUGGGCUGUACAUAACUGCAUUCAAUUUUUGUAGCUUUUGCCUACCAACCAAAGUACAAAAAUGAUUGUGUAAAUAAAAAGCGAGUCAUAAAAUGAG